GCAGCCCCGACGGUUUAUUUUUUAGAAGAAAAUCCCGGAAGGAAGCGUUCGCAAAUAUAAACCAGUAGGGAAAAAGGCGAAGUCAGUCUCGAUCUUGCUAGAAAUGACUAAGGAGAAAGCCAUGGAGAAGGAGGAAAAAGUCCUUCGGGUAAUCAAGGAAAGAAGGGCAGCCGAGGGGCAUAGGAUACCGGACGAAGUAGCACAGACCAUGAAGAUAGGCAUGGAAGGGUUCCUGACGGAACGGGAGACAAGGGUAAUCGAGGAGGCAUGCCAAGAGUUCCACUUAGCCUUCGCCUUUAAUGACCACCAGAAGGGGCGGCUAGAUGCAAAGUUGAUUCCGCCAGUCAGAAUCCACACGGUUGAGCAUGAGUGUUGGAAUGACAAAGGGCCCGCCUAUGACUUCGGAAUCGCGGGGGAGGUAACAGAGCUCCUAAGGGCAAAGAUGGACUCUUUUGUGGCGGAGCCUACCGCAUCGCCAUACGCCAACAAAUGGUUCGUAUUUCGAAAGCCCAACCAGUCCCUAAGGUGGAUCCAGGAUUUGCAGAAGUUAAACGCCGUCACCAUCCGAGACGCGGGGUCGCUACCCCAAGCGGACCUCCUGGCUGAAUCCCAUGCCGGACGUGGCAUUUACUCGUUGAUAGAUCUAUACUCGGGGUACGAUCAGCUUCCGCUGGAUGCCCGAGAUAGACCCUGCAUGGCUAUGCAUACGCCAGUAGGCCAGUUGCAAAUGCAGGUCACGCCCAUGGGUUUUACCAACGCAGUAGCAGAAGCGCAAAGGAGGAUGCUUGCGGUUGCAGGGAACAUGUUUCCUGCGAAGUGCAAGCCCUAUAUCAAUGACAAUCCCGUAAAAGAGGCACGUGAAAAGAAUGAGACGGAGGUUCAGCCAGGAGUGAGAAAGUUCAUGUGGGACCACCUACAGGAUAUCAAAAAGUUGCUUCGGAGGUUCCUAGAGUAUAAUAUAACUGCUAGCGGUCCAAAGAGUAUCCUGGCAGUUCCGGAAGUCACCAUUUUGGGGUUCCGUUGUGGAGCUUACGGAAGGAUGCUGGACCCAGUUAAGACUGACAAAAUUGCUCAAUGGCCUACACCCCUCCGAACCACAACAGAAGUGAGGGUCUUCCUGGGCGUCGUAGGCUUCUGGAGAAUCUUUAUAAAGGGGUUCGCAAAGAUAGCAGAACCUAUUCGGGCCAUGAUCCGCGAGGAAGGCACGCUUGACUGGACCAAGGACCAGGAGGCGGCCGUCCAGACCUUGAAGAAGAUACUGACAUCCGAAGAAGUUACCCUUGCCGCCCCGUGCUUCAAUGACGAAGUAGGACGCCCCUUAGUGCUUGAAACCGAUGGGGGACCGUUAGCCGUAGGUGGGGUAUUGAUCCAGAAAGGCGAAGAUGGGAGAGAGCGUCCCAUUAGAUUCGAGAGUAGAACGCUCAACUCAUCCGAGCGUCGCUAUUCUCAGUUCAAGAAGGAGGUGCUUGCGAUACUCCACUGCCUCAAGACUUUCCAGACGUAUCGCUUUGGGAGAAGAUUCAUCUUGAGGAUAGAUCCGACCAAUGUCGUGGGAGCCUUAAAGAACUAAAGGCCUAUCGAUCCCACCGUGGGGAGAUGGGUAGGGUUCAUUUGGCAAUUUGACU